UGCAGGAUUGGUCAACUAGGCAAACCAAUCAGAACAACCCUUAGACACCAGUCAAUGCAGUAUUGGUCAACUAGGCAAACCAAUCAGAACAACCCUUAGAAACCAGUCAAUGCAGUAUUGGUCAACUAGGCAAACCAACCAGAACCGCUGAUAGUCAGCGCGGCACACAACAAAAUAGCUGUUUACCACCGAGCACAUGGCGUCGAAUGGAAGACCACUAGCUGACCUGCUGCGGGAUGUAGCUAACCAGCUUGAAAACAGACUGGGAGCCGUAAGCGCACCAAGUCCCACUCCUCCGCCUCCUAUACCCCCUACGCCCCCUACACCCAGACAUCCAGUGGACGCUGAGGUUUUACGACUGUUCGGCCCAUACACAAACGGAGGGAGAAGGUCUAAUGUUACAGGUCGGCGAUCCCUUGCUGUGCCCGCACAACUAAGUUCUUACACUCACGUGUUCUGCUGUCUUGAUGACAAGGUGGAAGAUCUAGUCCCUAAUCGUUGUGCUAAACAAAGACUUACUGCUGCUGGAUUAGGGGAGAAACGUCUUACAUUUCAAGGAAGUCAGUCAAGCCCACAUGAAUUUAAUGACUUUCUUUUUACUGAGUAUCCAAAACUUAGACAAGGUGGAGGAUUUGAAUUGCUUAAAAUUGCUGGGACAACACGAAGUCGCCAACUGACCCUCAUUCCAUGUCCCAAUGAGGGCUAUAACAUUAAAUAUCUUAAAAAUCCACAAACCCAGAUUGGUCAUGCCACAAUUUUUAUUCGACCACUGCAGAGAAACCUGAACCUCGAGCCUAUAUGUCAACCAGAAUGCAGUAAUGUGCUAGCUGGACCACCUCAGAAAUGUGUGACUUGUGGAGAAGAGUUUCCUUUUUCACAAAUCAAAGCACAUAGUGAUGAAUGUAUAAGAUUACAGAGCACUUCUGAGGAACAAAUGGAGGUACCCCCAGAAAGUUCCAGCCCCCCUCAAAGUGAAGACAGAUGUGUGAGCAUGUUGACCCCACAGGAGAGUCAGACAGCAAGGGCCAGUAGCACUGCCGUCACAGUGGCACAUCAGGGAAAUAUGCCAGCCCCAGGGACAUCACAGGGACGUGUGUCUACUCCUCCUGUGAUCAUUAAUCUAGAUCCCACUGUGGAUAACUGUGACUGGAAAAUGGAGCCAGAUCCCACUGAGGCAGUAAAGGGAUUCAGAGCUCACAUUUUAAAUGAGCAUGCUUCUAGGAAACCACUAAAUCUCGUAAUGGAUCUGGGAGACAGUUCCGAGGAUAGGGAAAGGGCAAUCAUUUCUUUUUAUAAAAUGGCUCAUGUUGAAUGGGCUUCCCCUUUGACAUGCACACUGAAAGGAGAUCCAGCAAUUGGUGAUGGUGUGACUCGCCAUUUCUUUAGUACCAUCAUGUCCAAACUUCAGAGUGGUUUCGAUAUUUGUUUGGUGCCAGGAGGAACUAUUCUUUUUGAGGGACAGCAAGACCACUUGAUUCCAUCUACUUCACCGUAUCUUUUGGAGAGUGACUUCUUUGUUGUUGCUGGCCGGAUGAUCGGUCAUUCUUUUAUACAUGGUGGGCCAACCCUGGCUGGACUGAGCCCAGCAAUCAUUCAUGUACUCUUUGGUGGAGCACCAGAAGAAGCCAUAAUAGAUAUAAAGGAUUGUGUUGACCUUGAUGUUCGUGACACAAUCAAGUUGGUAUGA